GCGCGGUAAAGCAAUCGACUACGACCAGAACGCUACCGAGGCGAUCAUGGUGCAUGGAAGUAGCAAUGGCGGCAAGAAGAAGGCCAAGAAGGCCGCCAAGAGGAAACCGGUGAACCUCCAGCCGCAGUAUCCGAGUAAGUUUCCUAAAGUAGUCCACGUCGACGACGGGGACUCGUCGGCCGUCGACGAGCAUCACGAAGUGUCUCAUGACAUGUAUCCUUCCAACCACGCAGAGUACGCGCAAGGCGACUUCCACAUGCACAGCACAUGCAGCGACGGCAAGUUUCGGCCGUCGGAAGUGAUCGCCAAGGCCGCGGCCAACGGCGUCGUGUACAUCUCGCUGACCGACCACGACACGAUGGCGGGUGUCUCGGAAGCCAUGGACAUGGGUCGGUCGCUCGGGGUGUUUGUCUUGCCGGGCGUCGAAAUCAGCGCCGAAGAGGCCGGAGCGGAGAACCUGCACAUCCUCGGGUACUUUUGCCCAGGCACGGACUCGGUGGCGCUGGAAGCCAAGCUGCUCGCCAUCCGUCAAGCGCGGCAUAAGCGGGGCAAGGAAAUGCUGCGCAAACUGGCGGAGAUGGGGAUUCACUUGAACUGGGACCGAGUGCUCGAGAUCGCAGGCGAAGCCGCGCCCGGCCGACCGCACGUGGCGGAGGCUCUGGUUGAAGGCGGCCACGUGUCCAACUUUCGAGAAGCGUUCUCACGGUAUCUCAGGAACGACGGCCCCGCCUAUGCUGAGGUAUUCAUUCAUCAUCACACUAUUUGUUGUCAUACACUAAUUAUACGUCGUUGCUUGGGAGUUUACAAGUGUACUAGCCGAUCGCACUGUUUGUUGUCAUACACUAAUUACAUGUUGCUUGGUCGUGUGUCGUCCAUUCUACAAACCGAUCACACUAUUUGUUGUCGUUUACCGAUGACAUGGUGAUCCGUGCGAAUAUGUAUGUACAUUGUAUGAACCGAUCUCACACUAUUUGUUGUCAAUCACCGGUUACAUGUUAUAUAUCGAACACCGAUCACAUUAAGCGUUGUCAUACACUAUUACUCGUUGUUUACGAGAACUGGUCACACUAAUUGCUGUAUUAUACCAGUACAAAUUCCACAUAUUGAUUGGUAUUAUUCUAUAAAUAUAAUAACUUGAUGUGCUGACAUAGGGCGAGCAUUUCCCGCCUGAAGGUACCACGAUUCGAUUUUGCAUAUCGGAGAGGAUGUGAACAUGGGGUGGUAGAUGCCAUCCAAAUGAUUGACCAAGCCGGGGGGGUAUCAGUGCUGGCGCAUCCAUGGUGUUGCAAGAACCCCCUGGCAAUCGUUCCCACGUUGGCCGCUGCUGGCAUCCACGUACGCAUCCAUCUGGAAUAAUAAUAUUCUUCGAUU